AUCAAUGCUUGCUAUAUGACAUGUCGCAACUGCAACACCGAUUUUCUGACCAGUGAGAAGAGACACCUACAAGAUAACAGUGCCGGUAGGGGACAUACGACGCUGGCUCCACCUGCGUGGUGCAAGGAGCGGAUAGGGAUCAGGAGAAAAUUCUGGGUAGUCACGAGCUAUAUGCCAACCAAAGUGAUGGGAUUGCGCAUUCAGUUGAUGCUGAAAGGGUGUGCGAACCGACCCUUUUAUCACAUUGUUGCUUCGUCUUCACGGCGGCGGCCUCUAGAAGAGCCAAUAGAACAGAUUGGUUCUUUUGACCCCAUGCCGAAUGAAACCAACCAGAAGCUAGUAGCUAUCAAUUUUGACCGACUUCGCUACUGGAUGGGUCAAGGUGCCAAACCUAGUGAGGGAGUUGGAUGUCUUCUGGGACUGGCUGGAUACACGCAGGUACAUCCACGUACAUUUAUGAGUGCAUGGCGGAAUCGUGGCAUCAUAGCAGAAGAGACAGCAGCAAAAGCAGCAGAAGGUGACACCAAAACAAGUGAUGAAUAGAUAGUGAAGUAAUUAAAUAUCACGGAAUUCUGGUGAUAAACGGAUUAGCCCUGAGAAGUAAUCUAACACACGGAGACCAUUGAAAGCAUGGUCUGCUGGUAAUGCCGCCAAUGACACAUAAGAGAGAAUAAAAUCUAUUCUGUUCUAUAUUCA